AUGGCUCCUCCAUUAUUCAAUGAGGCCUUCAUUAUCAUCCGCGUAGACAAUAAGGGACAGCCAGUUAAUAUCAUCCCGUAUGACGAAAACGCAGCCACUUAUGUCGCGGUAUCCAUAAGUAUAUGCCGGGGAAUGCUGAAAACCUCGAGGGUCAAGGACGCUUUCAAGAAAUUUGCCGAAGCAUACGAUCCGAAGCUACCCAAGGAUGGUAUCGUCGAGACGUUCAUCAACAAGAUACUUGAGCGCUUCCCUCUAGUCUUUGUUGACAACUCCAUGGAAAAUCCAGACCUCAUAGCGUGUCAUUUUAGACGCGCCUGGCGCGAUGAGGGCUACGGCUUUGACCCCCGCAAGCAGGGUAUCCUGAUAAACGGACCGGUUCACCAAAUGUGCAUCGCGGGAAUAGGGGCAGAAAGUUCUCAAGACCCGGAUUCCAAAGUGUCCAAGCGGUUCCGAGUCUUCUUGUUCACAUUUGCCAAGUCGUUCAUGCACGAACUCGCCCACAUUUUUGUAACCUCUCUCGGCCCAACAGGCAAGACAAGAACUCCGCCUCACAUUCGUGGCUCAGAGGAGGACGACCCCCCCACAGGCGAGGCUGGUCGGUAUAUAGAAAAUUUGAUUUUCGGCGGCAGGGUGAUCAUUAUACGCAACAAUGCUGAGGGCGAGGGCCAGGCCGGCAUAUGUUUCCUUGCUAACCAGGAUGGCGCCUACCAGAUCUUGCAGCAGACAAUUGAUGAAAUCAUCAAAUACCAAUUCGAUUUUCCUAUUAGCCGCCUCGGUCCCCAGAUCACAGAUUCUGACAGAACACUGGGCUUUCAUCUCCCCAUGAAGUUCGCCUCCGGUGACCCAAUGGAUGCGCCCGGAACACGACAGCUCUUGGCACCACACGAAGCAAACCUAGUCAGAUGGGACGAAGCAGUAGAUGACCUUAUCAAAGGGAAUCCAAACGCCGAAACAUUCAGUGAAGAGCAGGAGUCUGUCAUGCAUGAGGUACCAUUCAAUCCAAGUCUUCGUAUCGAGCCCAAACUUCGUGCCUAG